AUGGCACGCAGAAACGCUUCAGCCGCUACAAGGAAACCAGUAGUUCCAUACCCUGAGGAUAAUAGUGUUGGACCAAUGUUACGUUAUCAAAAAUCGCUUCCAAAGCUUCCUGUUCCUGCUCUAAAAGAUACACUUGAGAAAUAUCUUAAAUCCGUUCGACCUUUUGUAAACUCCGAGGAAUUUGCAAAGACGGAAGCUGCUGUAAUAGAAUUUCAAAAGCCCGGUGGGGUUGGUGAAGAAUUGCAAAAAAGAUUGAUGUCAAAGGCUAACAAUCCCAGUACGAUUAAUUGGUUAGAGGAUUGGUGGAAUGAAGUUGCUUAUUUUGGCUACAGAGAUCCGAUCGUCGUUUUUGUGAGUUAUUUUUUUGCUUAUAAAGACGAUAUACUUAGGAGAAACCCUGCCACGCGUGCUGCCGCAAUUGUGACAGCAGCUUUAGAAUUUCGAAAACAAGUUGUCAAUCAACAAUUAGAACCUGAAUAUGUAAAAGGAAUUCCACUUUGCAUGGAUUCGUACAAAUUCAUGUUUAAUGCUUGCCGGUAUCCAUCCAAACCAUCAGACUAUGAAAUGACCUUUGAUCCGGCGACUAAUAAUCAUAUCACGGUUAUUCGUAAAAACAAAUUUUUUAUUCUUGAUUUAAUCAAGGAUGGAGUUCAGUUGUCGACUGCAGAAAUUGAAAGUCAACUCAAAAAGAUUUACGAAUUAGCUGGUGAAAAGAAAGAUCCUCCAAUAGGAGCUCUUACUACUGAAAAUCGAGAUACUUGGACAGAAUAUCGCAAAAUGUUCUUGGCUGCGAAUCAUAAACAUGAGCAAUUAUUAAAGAAAAUUGAAAGUUCAGCCUUCGUCCUUUGUUUGGAUGAUUCAUCACCAAUCACGGUUGAUGAUAUAAGCCAUGCAUGUUGGGUCGGAGAUGGACGCAACCGUUAUUUUGACAAAUCACUUCAAUUUAUUGUGUUCGAGAAUGGGAAGGCCGGAUUUAACGGGGAGCAUUCUUCUAUGGAUGGUACUCCAACGUGUAGAUUGAAUGAAUUUGUUUGUGACAUAAUUGCAAAUAAUAAAGUUGAUUAUGGAUCUCCAAAUGUUCGUUCUAAUCUUCCGGUUCCGGAGCAACUUCAUUUUAACUUGACCGGUGGAAUUCUUUCAGCUAUUUCAAAAUCCGAGAAAAAUUUUGAUGAUCUGAUCGCCAAACAUGACCUUCGUGUUUUAGCAUAUGAAGGAUAUGGAAAAAAUGGUAUCAAAAAACUUGGAGUUUCGCCAGAUGCUUACGUACAAAUGCUUAUCCAAUUAGCUUAUUAUAAAAUGUAUGGUAUCAAUAGGGCAACUUAUGAAAGUGCCCAAACUAGGAAAUUUCAGCACGGUAGAACUGAAGUGUGUAGAACAGUGUCUGUUGACUCUGUGAAUUGGGUCAAGGCUAUGGAGGAUCCACAAGUUUCGAUUGAGUCUAAGGCUGAAUUGGGACGCAAGGCAAUUGAUGCUCAUGUCAGAUAUAUGUCAGAGUCUGUAGAGGGUAAAGGCUGUGAUAGACAUUUAUUCGGACUUCGUAUGUCUUUGAAGCCCGAUGAGCAGAAACCGGCAAUUUUCACGGAUCCUGCUUUUGCAAAGUCGUCUCAUUGGAAUCUGUCAACUUCACAAUUGUCAUCAGAAAAUUUUCAAGGUUAUGGCAUAGCUUAUAUGAUCAAUAAUGAUUUUUUAAAUUUCAAUAUUGUUUCCAUGAGACUAAAUAAUGAUGUUAUGUGGCAUUAUCUUAAAGAAUCAGCCACUGAAAUGCGUCAAGUAUUUGAAAAGGCGAAAGUAAAGUCGGAGCAAGUUAAAGCCAAAUUAUAA